ACCGGAUACGGCGUGGGGGGAGGUUUGUAAAUCGUUGCAAGUAGUUUUUUUGGGUUCAGUUUCUCUUCAUAUGUCCAGCAAUAACAUUAACAGCUGUUAUAAGUCUAUUUGUCUUGGUUAGAAUGGGUGUUUUGUUAUUAUAAGCACAGCAAUGGAGGAAGUGGUUUAAUAACCCACAGCACGGUUCAUUCUCAGUCAGUAGCUCAAGCUUCUCCUGGUCUUACCGGGCGGAUUCAACUUGCGCAGUUUGUCGCUGGACAUGGCAGGCGGGUUGAAAGUGGGAUUCGUUCGUCUCAUGCAAUAUUUGCAGGACCCUCAGCACGUCGCGCGCUUCCAACGGUUGUGCGGGGUGUGCGGGACCGAACCGCGUGACAGACUCUGUAACGGGGUGCCAAGCACUCGCCAUGGGGAUGUUCAGAACGGAGGAGGGGAUGCCACCCGCCGUAGAACAGCGGGAGUAGAGAGCGACAGGGAGAAACGCAAUAACGGCGUGGCGAACGGGGCUGCGGGAGAAAACGUCAACAGGCAGGCGCGGGAUAAAGACAGGGUCGAGGCUCAAGAAUCCGCGGUAAAGCCGUUGCGCAGAAACUCUCUCACCGGAGACGUCGGGCAGGAGUUCAAAAUCGACAAUACGUUUCUUUACUACCUGUUCACGCUUGGUACCGAGCUAGGGAACGAGCUGUUCUACAUUUCAUUCUUCCCGUUCUUCAUGUGGAACGUGGACGCGUAUGUGAGCCGCCGGUUAGUCGUCGUCUGGGUGUGGGUCAUGUAUCUCGGCCAGUGCACGAAAGAUGUGAUCCGCUGGCCGAGACCUGCCUCGCCCCCGGUGGUCAAGGUGGAGAUGUUCUACAACUCUGAGUACAGCAUGCCCUCCACGCAUGCCAUGUCCGGUACCGCCAUACCCUUGAGCCUGUUCCUGCUGACCUACGGUCGAUGGGAGUAUCCUCUGCUGCUGGGUCUCUCUCUAGCCAUCAGCUGGUGUGUCCUGGUGUGUUUGAGCCGCAUAUACAUGGGCAUGCACUCCAUACUGGACAUUAUUGCUGGUUUUCUGUACAGUUUGCUGAUCCUGGUGGUCUUCAGUCCUGCUCUGGACAUCAUCGACACCUUUAACCGCUCACAUCCCUACGCCCCGCUCAUCAUCAUCUCACUUCACGUAGGACUAGGCCUCUUCUCCUUCACCUUGGACACCUGGAGCACCUCACGUGGCGACACCGCCCAAAUCCUGGGCUCUGGCGCGGGGAUCGCCUUGGCAUCCCACAUCAACUAUCACCUGGGCCUUUUGCCAGACCCACCUGCGUCCAUGUUUCCUCUUCAACCCCCAUCUUUCACCCUCAGCCUGAUCGGACUCUGUCUACUCCGCUUUCUCCUCGGUGUCAUCAUUCUCCUGGCUACCAGAGCCAUAAUGAAGGCUCUCACCAUCCCGCUCGUCUGCUGGCUCUUUGGGAUUCCCAGCGGCGACGUCCGGAAGGCCAGGCAGCACAUGGAGGUGGAGCUGCCGUAUCGUUAUAUCGUCUAUGGAACUGUGGGGUUAAAUGCGCAUUUUCUUGUGCCUUUCCUGUUUGCACGUGUGGGCCUGUUGUGAUUAGGUGGAAGAAAAACCUAUUAUUUUAGCCAAUAAGAGCCCAGUUGGACUGCAGAGGCAACUCUCUUUGAAUCAGUGAUUGGAUGGAACUAAUGCCGAUCGUGUAACUGACACUGUGCUACACCUUCCAGAUGCUCCUUGAAUGCAUUUUUCACCAUUUAUACUGUAGUUUUGUCAGAUUUUCUAUUCAAAACACCUAUUUGAUAUUGAUCCAGAGAUUAUUGCCCUUUUCUAUGCAGUUUGCAUUGCAUG